CUCCUUGAUACCUUCCUUUCCUUCCUCAAUAUAUAGCAUUCAUCUCCUUCACAUCUUCCCAACUCCCACACCUCCCUCUUUCUGCUUUUAAGCAUCUCUCUUGUAAGAGUUUCUCUCUUACAGGAAGCUAUAUACCAAAACGUCCUUUUUUUUUCCUUAGUUAACCUACUCCAAUCUGUGGGUUAGUGGCACUACGUAUCCCCAUUUUUUUCUUGACCGGGGAAUCUUUGUGUUUAUACAUAUACAUCUAUGGCGAAGUUUUUUAUGCUCACUUCAAUGGCUCCUCUGUUUCUGCUGUUCUGCCUUCCUUUGGCUUUUGCUGCCCAUGACUAUGGUCAAGCAUUAAGCAAGAGCAUUCUCUUCUUUGAAGCUCAAAGAUCUGGUUAUCUUCCACAUAACCAAAGAGUUACUUGGAGAGCUAAUUCUGGUCUUAAUGAUGGCAAGGCUACUGGGGUGGAUCUAGUAGGUGGGUACUAUGAUGCAGGGGACAAUGUGAAGUUUGGGUUGCCUAUGGCUUUUACCAUUACAAUGAUGUCUUGGAGCAUAAUAGAAUAUGGUAAACAAAUGGCUGCUAGUGGUGAACUUGGUCAUGCUAUUGAUGCUGUUAAGUGGGGAACUGAUUACUUCAUUAAAGCUCAUCCUGAACCUUAUGUUCUGUAUGGAGAGGUUGGAGAUGGCAACAGUGACCACUACUGCUGGCAAAGACCAGAAGACAUGACCACGGACCGCCGUGCUUACAAGAUAGAUCCAAGUAAUCCAGGGUCGGAUCUUGCCAGUGAAACCGCCGCAGCCAUGGCUGCCGCCUCUAUGGUUUUCCGCCACCACAACCCUGCCUAUGCCAAUGAACUUCUCGCUCAUGCACAUCAGCUAUUUGAUUUUGCAGACAAGUACAGAGGCAAAUAUGACAGCAGUAUUACUGUUGCCCAAAAGUAUUAUCGCUCAAUUAGCGGCUACAAUGAUGAGUUGCUAUGGGCAGCUGCUUGGUUAUAUCAGGCAACUAACAACCAAUAUUACUUGAGCUACCUUGCUAAUAAUGGUGACUCUAUGGGUGGAACUGGCUGGGGAAUGACUGAAUUCGGAUGGGAUGUUAAGUAUGCUGGUGUCCAAACUCUUGUUGCCAAGUUCUUGAUGCAAGGCAAAGCUGGCCACUAUGCACCAGUCUUUGAGAGGUACCAACAAAAAGCCGAGUACUUUAUGUGUUCAUGCCUUGGAAAGGGUAGCAGAAAUGUUCAGAAAACUCCUGGUGGCCUAAUUUUCCGUCAGAGAUGGAACAAUUUGCAGUUUGUUACAAGUGCCUCGUUCUUGACUACAGUCUACUCUGAUUAUCUUGCUUCUGCUGGUAGAAGCAUGAGGUGUUCUUCUGGCAAUGUUGCACCAUCUGAACUCCUAUCUUUUGCUAAAUCUCAGGUGGAUUACAUUCUUGGAGACAACCCAAGAGCUACAAGUUAUAUGGUGGGAUAUGGAAACAACUAUCCAAGACAAGUUCACCACAGGGCUUCCUCAAUUGUCUCCAUUAAGGUUAAUCCUUCAUUUGUCAGCUGCAGAGGUGGUUAUGCCACCUGGUAUAGCAGGAAAGCUAGCGAUCCUAAUCUCCUCACUGGUGCUAUUGUCGGUGGUCCUGAUGCUUACGACAACUUUGCUGAUGAAAGAGAUAACUAUGAGCAGACAGAGCCUGCUACCUACAACAAUGCUCCCCUUCUUGGCAUAUUGGCAAGAUUACAUGGCGGUCAUGGAGGAUACAACCAGCUUCUUCCAGUGGUGGUACCAGCUCCUACUCAACAGACACCAACACCAAAACCUAAAGUAACUCCAGCUCCUACUCAACAGACACCAACACCAAAACCUAAAGUAACUCCAGCUCCAGCUUCAACUUCAGCGCCUAUUACCAUAGAGCAGAAGAUGACAACAUCAUGGAAUGCCAAAGGAAAAAUUUACUACAGAUAUUCCACUAUCAUCACCAACAAGUCAGCUAAAACUUUGACAGAUCUUAAGCUCUCAAUAUCUAAGCUGUAUGGUCCUAUAUGGGGUCUCACACCAUCUGGAAAUUCUUAUGCUUUUCCAUCAUGGCUUAACUCCUUACCUUCGGGAAAAAGUCUCGAGUUUGUCUAUAUUCAUUCGGCCUCCGCCGCAGAUAUCUCAGUUUCAAGCUACACUUUAGCCUAAAAAGGUAACUACAUCAAUUACAGCAACGAGAGUGGAUUGGCGUAGCUUCUGUGGUUUUAAUGUAAGAAUUGUGCAGCUAUACAGAAAGAAAAAAAAAAAGAAAGAAAAAAGCAGUCCGGAAAGGUCUUUUUCUACACCUUUUCUUCAUUUGGGAUUUUCAACUUGUUGAUUUAGUAUCUGAGUAGAAUUUAGUGGUAGGCUCAAUAAGAUUGAAGGUUGGAGGACGAAAGGAGUGAAGAGACAGUUUUAAAAGAAAAAGGUGCUCAUCCUCUUUCUCCUUCACUUCACUAGUUUUAUAUAGAUAUGUUUGAGAGAGAGAGACAGUUAAAAAGAGUGAGCAUUGAGAAGAGAAAAAGAUCUUCUUCUCAAUAGAUUGCACGUAAUCACUUACUUUCUUUUGUACUUGCAAACAGCUUUGGGUGUUCGUUUCUUUUGUUGUUCUGUGAUGUUGUAAGCUUUGCAACAAUUUUAUUUUCCGAUAUGAAUAUAGUUUGUGCCAUUGCAUUA